AUGACUGGUUUUCCUAACUGGUGGAUCAUGCAUCCACAAUCUUUUAUACCUCCUCAAUAUGUGCUUCCACCUUCUUCAAUUCCUUUCAAUUUUUUGACUGAAAAUCCAGAGCCUUCUCAGUCAUGGAGCCAACUACUUUCUACUGGAUUACCAGAAGAAGAAGAGAAACUUAGUUUCAUUGAUUUUCAGCCGAAAAAGUUGGGAAACUGGGAUGUCCAGAUUCUUAAUACUGCUUCCGGAGUUCCUAAUAGUCUUGAUGUAAUAAAGCAAGAAAUUACUCAAAGGGGCAAUUUGUACGAACAUGGGUGUGAAGAACUUCAGACUUCUGGUCCAGCUGACUCAUCUUGGUCACAUAUGGUGCCUGUUUCUUCCCCGGGGUCUUCUUGUAUCACUAGCAUCAGUUGUAAUAAUAUAUUGGAUUUCACUUGUAACAACAGAAAAAAUCUACUACAAGACCAAAUAUCCGAG